AUGCUUCAUAAAGUUGCGAAGUGUGGAGUCCAUGUGAUAAUGGAAAAGAAUAAUAAAGAUUCAGAUAUUGAUGAGAAGUGGGAUCAAGACAUUGAUGGGCAAGCUGAAACAGAUAUAGUCAUAUCCCCAUUUCUUCAUCCUCUAGGAUCUUCAACUACAGAUGAUCAGCGUUUGGAAAGUCGUUUAACAAGAGAUUUGCAAACCGGCAUGAAAUUUGGGUAG